AUGCGUGGCACUUUUCUCUUGUCGUCCCCGUUGGCGACGUUCUUCGUUGCCGCUCUUCUCGCCGGCCAUGUCGACGCCGGGUUCUGGGGCAAGAAGAGGAUGAUGGGGGCAGGCGGUGGUACUCCCGGCCCGGAUGCCAAUGGCGGGUCGGGGGGUACUGGUGGUGGCGGUGGUACUGGCAAAUACACCGUGUCCAGCAACAUGACAUUAAAGGUUGGCUCGACGACUAUCGACGCUUCGGGCAGCCAAUGUACCUUUGACGACCUGGCCUCAGAGCCCAUCAUAAUAUACCCCCAAGCAGACGAGAACAUGACCUACGUCGCCAUGGGCAUGCAACUCUCCGUGAACCUCAGUUCCCUCGACCCGCUAGACAUCCUGUCCACAUCAAAACUCUACCUCUCCUACCUCCAAUCCGGCCUGCAACGGCGCGGCCCCGACAACCCCAUGAUGAUCUCGGACAUCAACCCACUGGUCCCCUUUCAAGUAUCCGGGCAGAACGACGGCCAACCAAUCAUGCUGGCCACGCUCCUCUUCAUCCAACCACACCCGCUCAUCGUCGAGGACAAGUUCUCCAUGGCGUUCAAAGGGAUGGCCAUGGACGAGUCAAAACGUCAAAAUUUUAACUUUGAGGAGUUCCUCGACAGCGCAGCCAUCACAAAACUCCAGGCCAGCAUCUGGAUCGUAGUCAACGGGACGAACGGGGCCAGCGGAGGCAGCGCGGGCAUGACGCCCACGCCUACUCCAACUCCAGGGCCAGGUGGUAACGGCAGCGGCGUGACCGUCAUAACGGCCACGGACGCCAACGGAAACCCCGUUCUCAUCACAUCCACCUUGCCUCCGGGCGCGGGUGGUACUCCCGGUGCGGGCGGUACUCCUGGAGCAGGUGCAGGGAGUGUGACAACCAUCACUACCGUCGACGCGAAUGGCAACCCAGUCCUAAUAACCUCUACCAUCCCGCCGGGGGCCGCUGGUACACCCGGAUCUGGAACUGGAUCUGGCGGUCCCGGCGGAGUCGGCGGAGCCAGCAGCGGCGGACAAGGCGGUGGUGGCUCCGUGACGACCAUCUCCACGGUCGAUGCCAACGGGAACCCUGUCCUCCUCACAUCGACUCUACCUCCUGGUGCUGGGAGCACACCCGGCUCCAACGGCCAAGGCGGCCAAGGUGGCCAAGGCGGGCAGGGCGGGCAGGGCGGUCAAAACGGUCAAGGCAAUUCCGUCACAACCAUUUCCACCGUCGACGCCAACGGAAAUCCGGUGCUUAUCACUUCUACCCUACCACCUGGUUCGGCUGCAACCGCCGCUACCACAGCAGCCGUGGGUACACCCGGCGCUGGCGGAAAUGGCGGAGGAGGCAGCGCCGACACAGGCAACCAAACCCCAGCAGCCGGCACCCCGACCGUCAUCAGCACCGUCGACGCCAACGGCAACCCAGUCCUCAUCACCACCACCGUACCUCCCGGCGGUGGUAGCGGUGCUGGUACACCAGGCGCAAGCACCCCAGGCGGUACCCCCGGCCCAUCCGCAGGCAACAGCGCCGGCAACGACGACGGCGUGCUCUACAAACCCGUCACCACAGUCCAGGACGUGGUAACCAUCACAGUCGCCGAGGGUACUGGUACCACCAUCACGACGACUAUGACGUUCUUGUCGACUGUUAUGGUGCCUGUGUCUGGGUGUGAUGCUGCUAGUCAAGUGAGCCUUGUCGGAGGAGGGGGUGGUAACUCUAACGGAGGUGGUGGUGGGGGAGAGACGGUCACGGCCACGGUGACGGUUGAUCAAGCGGGUACACCGUUGGGGACGUCGUUGCCUUCGGAUGGGAGUGGUGGUGGUAACGGUGGUAAUGGUGGUGGUGGAUCAGCGGGGAAUACAGGCACCGCUGCUACGGCUACGGCUACUUCCACGGGAGGGGGAGGAAGUGGAGGUGGAGGUUGUCAUGUCUGCGGGGGAGGCGGUGGUAGUGAAUCCAGCACCAGCACUGCCUCUGCCAGCACAACUCACUGCCCCGUCUGCGGCGGAGGAGGAGGAGGAGGCGGAGGUGGUGGAGGAGGCAACGAAGUAACAUCCACCAUGACAUCCACCGUCACAGCCUCACCUAGCGACGGACCCUGCGACGUCUGCGGCGGUGGAGAUGGAAAUGGCGAUGGAAAUGGCGAUGGAGGUGGUGGUGACAGCAGUCAAACCACCACCAGCGAUACACCCAGCCAGACGACCGAAACCCCAUGCCAUGUCUGCGGUGGCGGUGGAGGCGGUGGUGGUGGUGAUUCCAGCACUAGCACUACGACCUCUGCAAGCUCAACACACUGUCCCGUUUGCGGCGGAGGAGGAGGAGGAGGAGGUGGGAGUGAAACAACCACUUCUGCCACUCCAAGCCAGACAGAAACACCAUGUGACGUCUGUGGUGGUGGUCACGGUGGAGGUGGAGGUGGAGGUGGAGAUGGAGGUGAUGGAAGCCAGAGCAGUCAAACAACGACUAGCGAUACACCCUCUCAGACCGAGACACCAUGUGAUGUUUGCGGAGGUGGUGGAGAUGGUGGUGGUGGAGGCGGUGGUGAUGGGAGUCAGAGCAGCCAGACCACGAGCAGUGGCACGCCAUCUCAAACUGGUGGGGGUGGUGGUGGUGGAGGUGGAGGUGAUGGCUCGAACGGUGGUAGUACCUCGCAGACUGGAAGCACAGCGACGGCUACGGCGACGGGGACCCCGGGGAAUGGCAACGGCAACGGCGACGGCGACGGCAACGGCAACGGCGACGGCAAUGGAAGCGGAAAUGGGAAUGGAAAUGGGAAUGGUAACAACAACACCACAGCAACAGCCACAACCUCCACCCCAACCGGCCCCAUAACCACCCCCUCAACCACCCCACCCCCCGGCGGAUCCGGAUCCGGAUCCGGAGGCUCCGUCAACAACCCAGCCGAAACAACCCUCACCAAACUAACAGUCCUCUACCCGAUCCCCUGCCCCUGCGACUCCACCUCCGGCGGCACAACAACACCCACUCCCGAUCCCAACUCAGGACCAGCUGGUCCAGCAGCCCAAGCCGUCGUCGUCCCAGCAAGCGCUUUCAAAGAUACCCCACCAGGGUUGAUAACCGCGUUAAUGCUGGGUGGCGUAGCGUUACUUUUCUUUGUUUUCUUGUGA